GUGGGGGAGCAACGCGCCUGGACUGUCGUUAUUAUAUUAUUUUAUUAUUAUUAUUAUUAUUAUUAUUCUAUUUAUUGCAGUAGUGCCGUGGACCAUCAUGCAUGCGCUCUUUUGGGGCUUGGGGUUCCUGUUUUUCCCGGACUUGAUGCACGCAGACGCGAGACUCUCCAAGUCCGGCACAGUAAAGGAGGAGAUCGGCGCCUACGAGAUCGUGACACCGGUGCGCGUGGACGACGCCGGGGACAAGUUGCCGAGCCGCGCGCACUUCCGGAGGAGGCGGCGCAGCGUGGCGGCGGCGGAGACCCCCGCGGAGCACGGCUGGGCCGCGCCGAACAUCCACUACCGGAUUUCCGCUUUCGGACAGAGUUACCACCUCAACCUCACGCUGGAGUCGGGAUUUAUCGGCCCGCGUUACACCGUGACGAUGCUCGGAGUACCGGCGGCGGAUAACCGCGAGGAGGACACGGAACUCGGGCACUGUUUUUACCGGGGGCGCGUGAACGCGCGGGACGAGCGCGCCGCCGUCAUCAGCGUGUGCGCCGGAUUGUUUGGUACCUUCAGGUCUCCAGAAGGGGAGUAUUUUGUCGAGCCCCUUCAUAGCUAUCAAGGAGAACAUUAUGAAGAGGAACACACAAAACCUCAUAUCGUGUACAGGAAGAGCGUCCCCCUCGACAAACAGAAGUCCGAGGAGAGCUCAGCUUGUGACACUUCAGAACACAAACACAGACGUAGAAGGCACAAGGUGAGGAGGAAGCCGGCGGCCGUUCCCAGCGCUAACAUGCUAACUGACGUGGCGUCGCUAAGUGCCAGUUUGGCCACCGUCGACGCCUUGCUCGGCCCGCAAAGCGGCGGUUUCGGGGCCAACGACAGCAGCGGCGCCGACUCCACACCUCACAAGCGAUCCAAGCGCUUCCUCUCCUACCCGCGCUUCGUCGAGGUUAUGCUGGUGGCCGACAGCAAGAUGGCGGAGCAUCACGGCGGCAACCUGCAGCACUACAUACUCACCUUGAUGUCCAUCGUGUCGUCCAUCUACAAGGACCCCAGCAUCGGCAAUCUGAUCAACAUUGUCAUCGUGAAGUUAGUCAUCAUCAACAAUGAGCUAGACGGUCCUCAGGUUUCGUUUAACGCACAGACCACUUUGAAGAACUUCUGCAUCUGGCAGCAGAGUCAAAAUGUCCCGGAUGAUAACCACCACUCGCACCAUGACACGGCCAUCCUCAUCACCAGACAAGAUAUUUGCAGAGCCAGAGAUAAAUGUGACACCUUAGGACUGGCGGAGUUGGGCACCGUGUGUGAUCCGUACAGGAGCUGCAGCAUCAGCGAGGACAACGGCCUCAGCACGGCGUUCACCAUCGCCCAUGAACUCGGUCACGUGUUCAACAUGCCUCAUGAUGACAGCAACAAAUGCAAGGAGGACGGCGUUAAGAUCCAGCAGCACGUGAUGGCUCCCACGCUGAACUACAACACCAACCCUUGGAUGUGGUCCAAGUGUAGCAGGAAGUACAUCACAGAGUUCCUUGACACAGGCUAUGGCGAGUGCUUGCUCGACGAGCCCGUUUCUGGGCCGUACGGUCUCUCGCAGCAGCUGCCUGGACGGAUAUACGACGUCAAUAAACAGUGUGAACUGAUAUUCGGGCCGGGGACACAGGUGUGCCCGUACAUGACUCAGUGUCGGAGGCUGUGGUGUACCAGCCCAGAGGGUGCCCAGCGGGGUUGCAGGACACAACACAUGCCGUGGGCCGACGGCACUGACUGCUCUCCUGGGAAGCACUGCAAACACGGCCAGUGCAUAGCCAAAGAGCACGACGCCACACCUGUGGAGGGGGCAUGGGGAGUUUGGAGUCCUUUCGGCACCUGUUCUCGGACGUGCGGCGGGGGCAUCAAGAUGGCAGUGCGCGAAUGCAACCGACCCGUGCCCAGGAAUGGCGGCAUGUACUGUGUCGGUCGCCGAAUGAAGUUCCGUUCCUGUAGCUCCGAGCCAUGCUCCAAGCAGAAGAGGGACUUCCGGGAGGAGCAAUGUGCCUCCUUCGAUGGCAGACAUUUCAACAUCAACGGCCUACCUCCUAACGUUCGCUGGGUGCCCAAAUACAGCGGAAUCCUGAUGAAGGACAGGUGUAAACUGUUCUGCAGGGUAGCAGGCAGCACGGCCUACUAUCAGCUCAGGGACCGGGUCACUGACGGCACGCCGUGUGGGCCCGAUACCAACGACAUCUGCGUCCAAGGCUUAUGCAGGCAAGCUGGCUGUGACCAUGUCCUGAACUCCAAAGCCAGGAGGGACAAGUGCGGUGUGUGCGGAGGUGACAACUCUUCCUGCAAAACCGUGGCAGGCACUUUCAACAUUGUACGCUACGGCUACAAUGAAGUCGUGCGCAUACCCAGUGGUGCUACCAACAUAGAUGUGCGUCAACACAGCUACUCAGGGAAACCGGAGGACGACAACUACCUCGCCAUCUCAAAUAGCCGUGGAGAGUUCCUGCUUAACGGAGAGUUUGUAGUCAGCAUGUUCAAAAGGGAAAUUAACGUGGGAAACGCUGUCAUCGAGUACAGUGGCUCCGACCAUGUUAUUGAGAGGAUCAAUUGUACCGAGCGCAUCGAGGAGGAGAUCAUUGUCCAGGUGCUGUCUGUGGGGAACCUUUACAACCCAGAUGUCAGGUACUCCUUCAACAUCCCCAUAGAGGAUAAACCUCAGCAGUUCCUCUGGGAUGCCUAUGGUCCGUGGCAGGAGUGCAGCCGCCUGUGCCAAGGUGAGAAGAAGAGGAAGGUGCUCUGUAGCAGAGAGUCAGACCGUGUGGUGGUGUCAGACCAGAGAUGCCAUGGCAUAGCAAGACCUGCCAUCAUCUCUGAGCCCUGCAACACAGAAUGUGAGCUGAGGUGGCACGUUGCCCGGAAGAGUGAGUGCACCGCUCAGUGUGGUUCGGGAUAUCGCACCCUGGACAUAUUCUGUGCCAAAAUCAGCCGCACGGAUGCCAAGACCCAGAAAAUUGAUGAUCGCUACUGUAGCGGGCACCGCAAACCUGAUGACAAGGAAGCUUGCCAUGGAGAUUGUAAUCCCGGAGGCUGGGAGUACUCGCCCUGGUCAGAGUGCUCAAAGAGUUGCGGUGGGGGCACCCGCCGAAGAGGGGCAGCCUGUCGAAAGGCAGCAGAGCCUGAGGGCGAUGAGAGCAAAUGUAGUCAAAGGGACAAGCUGGCCGUCCAACCCUGCAAUGAAUUCCUCUGUCCACAAUGGAAGACUGCCGACUGGUCUGAGUGCCUUGUUACGUGCGGGAAAGGCUACAAGCACCGGCAGACAUGGUGCCAGUUUGGGGAGGACCGUCUGGAUGACCGCUUCUGUGGUUCAUCGAAACCUGACUCGGUCCAGACGUGUCAGCAGCAGGAGUGUGCCGCUUGGCAAGUUGGCCCUUGGGGACAGUGCACUACCUCGUGUGGACCUGGGUACCAGAUGCGAGCUGUGAAGUGUGUCGUUGGGUCCUAUGGUGCUGUCAUGGAGGACACCGAUUGUAAUGCUGCCACCCGACCAACUGACACCCAGGACUGCGAACUGGCCCAGUGUCCAAACAGCCAACCUGCUCAACCAGGACCCAAAGUCCCUUCUCAUCAGAGCCAUAAAACCCAAUGGCGAUUUGGUUCCUGGACCCAGUGUAGCGCCAGCUGUGGCAAGGGGUCACGGAUGCGUUAUGUGAGUUGCCGCGACAACCACGGUGGUGUGGCAGAGGAGUCGGCAUGUGCUCACCUCCCGAAACCUCCUGCCCGAGAAGUGUGCUCCGUCGUCGCCUGUGGACAGUGGAAAGUUUUGGAAUGGACAGCGUGUUCAGUAACCUGUGGUCAGGGUAAAACCACACGCCAAGUGGUCUGCGUCAACUACAGUGACCAGGAGGUGGACGCCAGCGAGUGUGAUCCCGACGAUCGGCCCAGCACCGAGCAGGACUGUGCCAUGUCUCAAUGCCCGUCCCACUCCAGCGAUUACAGACCCUUCCCAUCCUCGCCAAACAGCAGUGCCAGGAACCUCAUCCCUCAGAGCCAAUCCCACCAAUGGCGGACUGGACCUUGGGGCGCGUGCUCCAGCACGUGCGCGGGAGGCUUUCAGCGGCGAGUGGUUGUGUGCCAGGACGAGAACGGCUACCCUGCCAACAGCUGCGAGGAUCGCACCCGGCCCAGUGAGCAGCGAUCCUGUGAGUCGGGGCCAUGUCCGCAGUGGAUCUAUGGCAACUGGGGAGAGUGCACCAAGCCAUGCGGAGGCGGGAUAAAGACGAGGCUGGUGGUAUGUCAACGUCCAAACGGCGAGCGUUUCAACGAUCUGAGCUGCGAGAUCCACGACAAGCCGCCGGAUCGGGAGCAGUGCAAUACUCAGCCAUGCCCGUCUAGCCCCCACUGGAGUGCAGACCCAUGGAGCUCGGUACGCUCAUAAAAAAUACUCUUUUUUAAAUUUUUUAAACCUCACGUUUCGCCUGUAGUGUUUACUCAGUCACAGUCCUUCUAUAAAAAAAAAAAGGGGGGGUUUUCUGUGGCACUUUUGUUGCUGGAGAAAACAAACGCUACCCGACUCCCUUCCACUUCCUGCUCCCCCCCUCCCCCGCCUGCGACGUUUCCUCAAGACAUUUGGAAAUGCAAUUUCUCCCGCACUUACACGGCAAAGAUAUUUGCCAGACAAAGUACAUCAGCCCCGAAAUGCUUCAGUGACAGCUGUGACCGGAAGAAACUUAUUUCUUUUUUUGCCGACUCGAACCGUCGUGGGGCGAGUAUCAGGAUCACCUUUGUAUCACAAUCAACGCUACUUUUGUAACAUAUUGUUUUCAGAAUAUAAUUUAUUAAGAUAUUUUUUUUUUUUCUGUUCAUCUUUUGUACAUAGCAUUAACUUUAAAAGUGAUUUAUUUUUCUGUUAGCUCUUUGUAUUGGGACAUAGCCAAUUGUUGUUCACGUGCAAAUACUGAUGAAUGUUUUUUUGUAUAUCAGGAAUAUACAGUACGAUAACUUUUUUUUUGUUUUUGUUUAUCAUCCAAAGAACGGCCCAUGUUUUUAUAAGUGUGCGGUGCUACCUUCUGACAUGUGUGUGUUCCCACUUGAGCAUUUAAAGCACCCACUUACACGGGACUCCAUUUGGGCUGUGUACUAUAUAUUUUUUUUAUUUUUACCAAAUGCAUAUUUUAAAUUGUAUCAUGAAUUCAGUUUGUCUUAAGGCACAUUUGCUUUGUUAGAAGAGAUAAGCUUAUGUCGACACUUUAUUUCACAAGUGUGUAUUUUCUCUCUCUAUUGGAUUUGCCUACGCAAGGACAUUGACACCAGGCUGGUGCAAAAUUACGAAUAUAGAAUUUUAAUUGAAAAUUUGAAUUUUGAAUUGAAUUGGUUCCACCACAGAGCAUGGAUCGGAAAUACGGGAAGUGGAACGAAAUGAAUUGCAGAUUAAUUCAAAAUAGCCAAGUAACAGGAAUCAUUUGUCACGUUUAACAAAGAUUAUGCCUUAAAUCAACGUCUUCAAUUUGGCUUUUGAAAGGGAGAUAGCAUUCAGUUUAAUUGUCUGACAAUCUUAAUGCCGUUGCUUAGUCGACAUGUCGCGGACCAUGUGGGUACUUCAGAUCACUUACCCUUAAUUAUACUCUUAUUAAGAGUUUGCGCAGCAUUUACUUAUAUGGCCCAAUGCAAACAACCUUCCGUAGUCAUGGUGUGAAAAAAAGUACUUCAGAUCACCGACCUUUGAUUAUACUCUAACUUAGAGUUCGCGCAACAUUUACUUAUAUGGCCCAAUGCAAACAACCUUCCCUAGUCAUGGUGCAAACAAAACCAAAAAAUACAACUAACACAAAAUGUCAACAGACAUGGUCACACAUAACAAAGCCUGCUAACUGAACUUUGUGGACAUUUAAAAAAAAACCAUAAACAAUACAAAAUUACAGCCAUUACAAUGCAUGAUGGGACAAAUGCAAAACACUCUCCACACUUAUCAAUGUUUGCCUUAUAUUAGCAUUCAGUUUAAUAGUCUGACAAUAUUAAUGCUGUUGCUUAGUCGACAUUUCGCGGACGAUGCGAGUACUUUAGAUCACUUACCUACUACUUACUCUAAGAGUUUGCGGAGCAUUUACUUAUUUGGCCCAAUGCAAACAACCUUCCCUAGUCAUGGUGCAAAAAAUAUAUACAACUAACACAAAAUGUCAACAGACAUGGUCACAUAUAACAGCCUGCUCACUGAACCUGGUGGACAUUUUAAAAAACGUCCAUGUACCGAAAACAAUACAAAAUUACAGCCAUUACAAUGCAUGAAGGGACAAAUGCAAAACACUCUCCACACGUAUCCAUGUUUGGCUCAUUUUAGCACUUAGUUUAAUAGUCUGACAAUUUUAGUGCUGUUGCUUAGUCGACAUAUCGCACUUCAGAUCACUGACCUUUAAUUAUACUGUAAUUUAACAUUGCGCCGCAUUCACUUACAUUGGCCCAAUACAAACAACCUUCCCUAGUCAUGGUGCAAAAAAAAAAUACAACUAACACAAAAUGUCAACAGACAUGGUCACACAUAACAAAGCCUGCUAACUGAACUUUGUGGACAUUUAAAAAAACGUCCAUGCACUGAAAACAAUUAGAAAUUACAGCCAUUUAAAUCCAUUACGAUGCAUGAAGGGACAAAUGCAAAACACUCCCCACACGUAUCCAUGUUUGGCGCAUUUUAGCUGCUUGAUAUUUCUGAUUGAUUACAAAACUUGAACAUACUCUUAAUGUGUGUAUGUGUAUAUGUGUAUAUAUGUUUACAUGUAUAUGUGUAUAUAUGUAUACGUGUAUAUGUGUAUAUAUGUAUACAUGUAUAUGUGUAUAUGUAUAUAAAUAAAAAAAUAUAUAAUUAAAAAAUACAUAAAAGCACAGAAUAGUAAGAAUAAUAGUAGUAAUAAUAGCAAUAGAUAAAAUAGAAAAUAACUGAAUAAAAAAUAAAGAGCCUUUGAAGGGUAUAAAACAUUCAGUAAAAAAAAUGGUCUUUGCAGUCCUAAAGUUCUGAAACACAAAUUUCCCUAAUUUUGACUACAUGGACAAUGUAAAGAGUUCUGGGACAUAAAGUAUUUUCCCAUCAUUUGCAAGUUACCUCAAAUGAAAUGUUUUAUAAAUAUGUUUUGUAGUCUUAACUGGCGAUGAAAGUGUGUAGAUAAAGUUUUAAAAAAAAUUAUAUUAUUAAGUACCUAAAACCUAUUUGAAUACAACAAAGUAAACAUACGAUGUAUGCAUGAGUUUCAGGGUAAAUAAUGUUUCUGGAAACUACAGUCAUGUACAUCCAAAUUAUUUAUCGCAAUUUCAUGUUUUUGAAGGGUGCUGGAAAAAAUGGUGUCACAUCCGUAUCGUGAAUAUUUGGUCUUAUUCCAAAUAGAUUCCUAAUUUUUAUAAAUCUGUUUUGUUUGUUUUUUAGAAUUUUUUUUUUUCAGGGCCAUACUUAUCAGCGGUUAAAAUGAGCCUGUUUUGAAAAAGGUUUUAUUAUUAUUAUUAUUAAACCCAACGAUAAAUUGCGAGAAUCUGUUUGAAUCGUGUUGAAUCAACAAUCGAUUCCUAAUAGAAUCGUCGCCCGAGGAAUCGUUAUUGGAUUUUAUUCCUACUUCCUUCAAUUUGAAUGUGAUUUGCAUUUCUACUUCCUGUUUUCAAAUAUUAAUUCAAAAUUCAUGAGAUCUCCUGGUGGACAAUAAGCUUAUUUGGGUUAAGAACCAACACAUUAGGUGUAACCUAAAAGGAAAUACCUGGAAAAAGACGUACCAGCGCUGUAAAAUAAAGUGUCUCAUGGGUUUAGUGGUCAUCAGUGGGAAUAUAAUUUAUUUUAUAUUCCACUGUAGCAGAAGAUGUCCUUAGUACAGUCAGUGUGUCAAGCUCUCUGCCUCAAAGGUGCUCUAUGAGUGUAUAUGUAUGUUAAUGUUUGCUUUGUACAGUACGUGGACUUCUUAUAUCUAAAUAUAUAUGCUGUGCUCAACAAUACCUCACUUGGAAACAAACACAACUUGCCAUUCUUCAACCCCAAAAGCAGUGAAGUUGUCACGUUGUGUAAAUGGUAAAUAAAAACAGAAUACAAAGAUUUGCAAAUCCUUUUCAACUUAUAUUCAAUAGAAUAGACUGCAAAGACAAGAUAUUUAACGUUCGAACUGGAAAACUUUGUUGUUUUGUGCAAAUAUUAGCUCAUUUGGAAUUUGAUGCCCGUAACAUGUUUCAAAAAAAGCUGGCACAAGUGGCAAAAAAGACUGAGAAAGUUGAGGAAUGCUCAUCAAACACUUAUUUGGAACAUCCCACAGGUGAACAGGCUAAUAGGCUAAUCAUUCACAAACAAGGACGGGGCGAGGGUCACCACUUUGUCAACAAAUGCCUGAGCAAAUUGUCCAACAGUUUAAGAACAACCUUUCUCAACCAGCUAUUGCAAGGAAUUUAGGUAUUUCACCAUCUACGGUCCGUAAUAUCAUCAAAAGGUUCAGAGAAUCUGGAGAAAACACUGCACGUAACAUUGAAUGCCUGUGACCUUGGAUCCCUCAGGCGGUACUGCAUCAAAAAGCGCCAUCAGUGUGUAAAGGAUAUCACCACAUGGGCUCAGGAACACUUCAGAAAACCACUGUCAGUAACUACAGUUGGUCGAUACAUCUGUAAGUGCAAGUUAAAACUCUACUAUGCAAAGCGAAAGCCAUUUAUCAACAACACCCAGAAACGCCGCCGGCUUCGUUGGGCCCGAGCUCAUCUGAGAUGGACUGAUGCAAAGUGGAAAAGUGUUCUGUGGUCUGACGAGUCCACAUUUCAAAUUGUUUUUGGAAACUGUGGACGUCGUGUCCUCCGGACCAAAGAGGAAAAUAAACAUCCGGAUUGUUCGAGGUGCAAAGUGGAAAAGCCAGCAUCUGUGAUGGUAUGGGGGUGUAUUAGUGCCCAAGGCAUGGGUAACUUACACAUCUGUGAAGGCGCCAUUAAUGCUGAAAGGUACAUACAGGUUUUGGAGCAACAUAUGUUGCCACCCAAGCAACGUUAUCAUGGACGCCCCUGCUUAUUUCAGCAAGACGAUGCCAAGCCAUGUGUUACAACAGCGUGGCUUCGUAGUAAAAGAGUGCGGGUACUAGACUGGCCUGCCUGUAGUCCAGACCUGUCUCCCAUUGAAAAUGUGUGGCGCAAUAUGAAGCCUAAAAUAGCAGAAGGGAGACUGUUGAACAACUUAAGCUGUACAUCAAGCAAGAAUGGGAAAGAAUUCCACCUGAGAAGCUUCAAAAAUGUGUCUCCUCAGUUCCCAAACGUGUACUGAGUGUUGUUAAAAGGAAAGGCCAUGUAACACAGUGGUAAAAAUGCCCCUGUGACAACUUGUUUGCAAUGUGUUGCUGCCAUUAAAUUCUAAAUUAAUGAUUAUUUGCAUUAAGUUUCUCAGUUUGAACAUUCAAUAUCUUGUCUUUGCAGUCUAUUCAAUUGAAUAUAAGUUGAAAAGGAUUUUAAAAUCAUUGUUUUUAUUUACCAUUUACACAGCGUGCCAACUUCAUUGGUGUUGUUUUUGUAUGAUAAAUAUCCUCUACACACUGCAAUGGUGCUUUGGCCAAACAAGGGAGAUUUCAGCAUCAUAAAUGAACGGGUAGAUGCGUCCAUUGCUCUUUUUUUUUUUGGACUCAUCGUAUAUCGUUUAUGGUGAAUGUCACUCAAAACAACGUGGCUUUUUUGAGUGCAGGACAUGAUGUGUGACCACAGGAGGAGUCGACACUGUUUAGCAUGCAGAGCUCUCCACUCUGAGCCCACCCGGUGCGUCUACCUCACUCCGUUACGUCACCUGGUCGUCUCCCAUGCGGAAGUCGUACCUUCUCACGCUUUGCCGGGACGGUGAGAGCCGAUC